AUGCACGAGCAUCGGGUGGAGAGGGCUCUACGACAUUCAUCGGAUGCUGCGGCUUCGAGAACGUCCACACCACCAUCAUCGGCAGCGUCAGCAUCAUCCGACUGUUAUCGUCAACUUCAUCAUCAACAAUAUCACCACCAGGAAUCCCAGCUUAUCAGGCCAUCUGCCGACAGCAGUGCGGUCGCAUUAGAAAGGACUGAAAGCAUCAGCGCUCCACCAUCGGCGUUUUCAGCUGGAGUGCCUCCAUUGCUGAACAUCGUCAGUAGCGAUCGCCGGGUUUUCUUCCAGGACGAACUGUUCGGUAGCGCAGCGGACACAGUAUCAUCCAGCGACCAACAACACCAUUCGACCUCGAUCAGUCCAUGCACUAACGAUUCCGAAGAGCAGCACCAGUGCUUCCCGCUGCUUUCCACUCGAAGCACGCGAUCAACAAGCAGCGAUGUUAGUUCCAGUCGUCAACAACUUAUUUUUCACGCGAAAGUAACAAACUAA